CGCAUCAUCUCCCAAACCCGGAUGUUUGGCUUCAUGAUAAUUUUCUCAAGCCAUUUAUCACCCAGACGAAUAACGGAGACUUUUACAUAUCUGUGUUCAGAAUAAAUACAAUUCAGUAAAUUAAGCUUAUACCCUAAAUCAGCUGUUUGACUGGACAUUCCUCAUUUGAGCUAACUUGAAGCUAUUGUGAAUGGAGUUCGGGACCAGAGCGCCACAAGACAACCAUGGACAGCAUUCAGACUAGAUAUUUCUAAUUAAAUAAGUGAGCUCAGCUCGGUCCUGCAGGAUGCAGCGGGAGUCGUACCCGUUCGUGGAGGACAGUUUCAGCCGCUUCCCGUCGCAGAGUAACAUUUACGGGCUGUGCCAGGCCGGCGAGCAGGAGCUGUUAGCGGCUACUCUCAAAGGCAAGGUGGUGUGUUUCAGGUACCAGGAGCUGCAGCAGAAGAUCCGACCUGUGGCCAAGGAGGUGCAGUUCACAUACAUACCAGUUGAUGCAGAGAUUGUAUCAAUUGAUGCCUUUAACAAGUCUCCACCCAAAAGCGGCCUUGUGGUGGGCAUCACAUUCGUAAAGGACUCUGGUGACAAAGCCACACCCUUCCUGAAUAUCUACUGUGACUACGAGCCUGGCUCAGAGUUCAACCUUGAGUCCAUUGCACAGAGUUGUCUGAAUUUGGAGUUGCAGUUCACGCCCUUUCAGCUCUACCACACAGAGGUGCAGUGUGACGAUGGAGGCAGGGAGACAGUGUUUCUGCUCAGCGGUCAUGACCAGAGGAUCCACCUGUACAAGGAGGUCAGAGACUGGACGAGGAGAUCAGUGACUGGACGAACUAACGCCUCCCUUCACCAGUUCGAAGAGCAGCCAGUGGAGAGACUCUUCCCUGAGCUACAGCAGCUGCCCAGCAAUGUGCUGUGGUUGGACGUGUUGAGUAUAUCAGGAGGCCGGCGGCUCUCAGCGUUCGGCUGUCAGAACGGCUGCGUUGGACUGGCUCUGGUCGACCAGACAGGAGCAGAGGUCUUGCAGAGCUGGCGGUUCCAGUUUGACAGUCCAGUCUCUACAGUGCUGCUGUUCCCUCUGAGCUGCCAGACGGAUCCCGACCAACCCCGCGGAGAGAAAAGUGGGGAAACGAUAGGCUACAACCUUCUGGUAACCAGCACUAUAGAGAUGGCAGUUGUCUACAGAGAUGUCCAGGAGCAAGGCCUGUCUCACCCAGUGUGUCUCUUGGAGAGUGAUCAGUGGGACGCAGUGCUGUGUGCUCUGGUCAUUGACCUGGAUUUUGACGGGCAGAAGGAGGUGCUGUUGGGAACAUAUGGGCAGGAACUUCUUUGUUAUAAGUUCCAGCCAUCAGAGAGCGGGCGAGACGGACAGUUUCAGCUGCAGUGGAGGCGGAGCUUCAAGAGUCCUUUGCUGUCCAUCAUCUACCUAGACUUGACUGGGGACGGGUUGAGAGAGCUGGCUGUCCUCACACUAAAGGGACUGCAUAUCUUACAGCAUACCCUCACCAGCACUGCUGAAUUGGUCCUUGAGCGGCUCGCCCAGAGAGUGUCAGCACUGACGGUCGGUUCUGAGCUGGAGUCAGCCAAAAGUCAAGACACUAAGGAGCAGGAUGCUCCAACUAAGAAAGAGGAGCCCACAGCUCAGACACCAUCGAAUUAAGGAAAAAAAAAAGUGCCUUUUGUUUACAUGUGGAAGUAAAAUGAAGUGUUACUUACAGGUGUAAUGUGGAUGACUUUUUCAGGGGUGUGUACUCCUGAACACACCACUGUAAAGAAGUGUUAGGUUACGUUGUGAUGACAGACAUUACAUUUGACACCAAAAACAAUAACCAUCUGCAUUGUGAUUGAAUACAGAAUGGUGGUGAUGGUAAAAAACACUGAUUAAAGAACUCACAUUAAAGGGACAGUUCACAGCAAAAAUAAAAGAAUAUACAGAUUUUUCCUCUCACCUGUAAUGCUAUUUUUCUAUCUAGAUUGUUUUAGUGUGACCUGCAGAUUUUUAGAGAUAUCAGCCGCAGAGAUGUCUGCCUUCUCUCCAAUAUUAUAAAACUAGAUGGUGGCACUACCACGAUGUAUCACAGCACAGAAGCAGGUGUGAAUCGACUCAUGAAUGGGAAGCUAGCUAACUAAGAUAACUUAGAAUCAACAGGGAUAAAUGGCUCUACAGGUAAGAUGGAAAAUAUGUAUUUGAGGUGAUGUACUGUAGAUAUUGUACAGUAAUAAAUGACACAUUUGAGUCCACA